AUGGUGUUGCCUUCACCACAAACGUUAAUUACAGAGAUCAAUUCUUUAACACCUGUCGAGCAAAUUGCAACAAUUCAAAAAUAUGUGGGAAGUACAGAGAAGUGUGAGGAAGAGUGUUUUGAACUUUCCAAAGAGAUAGGGAUCACUGCUGCAAUGGUUACAGAUCUUUCUUAUUUCAUCAAUGAACUCAAGAAAAAGUGUUUGGAAGAUGGGGCACACAUUGUUGAAACAAAAAACCAAAUAGUCACACUUUUAAUACAAAAAGAGAAAAUGCAAUUUGAAGAAGAGCUUAAGAAAAACUCUUUCCGAAAGGCGCAGAUGUUUAUGGAGUUCAGUCAAAAGGAAAAGAUACUUAAUGGAAAAAUCAGAAUGAGUGAACUUCUUUUUGAUCAACAAAAAACAGAAAACACAUUUUUGAGCAACAAUGAAAUUUCUAACAACGACAAAUUGAAUGAAAAAAUAAAUGAAAAUUAUAUGACAAAAGUGAAACCAAAAAUAGACGGAAAUGAACAACAAAAAGAGAAUAAAAAUGACAACUCAAUUACUUUUGUACAAAACACAAAAAGUGAAGAGAAAGUGAAGAACAAAAUGUUAGAAAUAGAAGAUUCCUUUUCAGAGACUGAAGACGACACUCAAAACACCGAAAUUAUAAAACAAAUAAAUGAUGAGAAGAAACAAAACGAAAGUAUCGAUAUACAAAAUGAAAAUAAAAAACCAAAACGGAAAUACCGGAAACGACAACCCCAAUCGGAGUACAAAAAUUUGGGAAAACCAAAGAAAUUGAGGAAAAAAACGACACAAAAAAUGAUUAUUAUUGGAGAAGAUAAAACUAAUACAUUUCCAAAAGAUAUUCAUAAUGAAGAUUUAAAGGAACCGAAAGUCUUUCGUUUUGAGGCCAAUUCAGAAGCACAUAAAACAUUACAAGAGAUGGAAAAUGUCACACAGGGUGACAUUUUUAAUUCUAAAAUAUCUUCGAAUUCAGAAGAAAAGGAUAGAAACAAAAAAGGUGAGAUUUCAAUGGGUAAUAACACUAUUGCAAGAGAAACAAACUUGUUGAAAGACCAGAAAAGCUCAUUUGACUCAAUACGAUCAACAGAGUUGGCACAGAAUAUGAUCCGUUCAGAUAAAAUAGAAAACUCUCCAACGGUUGUGAGUCAAUCAAAAAAGACAAUUUCGAAAACGCCACAGCAAUUCAAAAAACAAAUUGAAUAUGACGAAAAUUAUCUGAGCAGUGAAGAUAAAAAACAACUACAAACGUGGAGCGGACAAAACGUCGGACCGAUUAUCUACGACGUUUUUAAAGACUUGUCGGUGCGCGGGAGUAACGGACUUAUCAAGAAAAUAUCGAAAUGUGAUGGUUUCAUACUCACAAUAGAAGAUUAUGAUGGAAAUUUGUUUGGAGCCGUUGUCUUCAAAAGUAUCACGUCGGAGAAUGUCACGUUCGGUGACAAAGAAGCGUUCGUUUUCACAUUAAAAGAAAAUGGGAAAAAGAAGUGUGGGAAAUACAACAUAAAAGAAAAAAGGGCGUCCUUUGCAUUUUGCGCUGAAAGUAGAUUCACAACUAAAUUGUUGGAUGUCGGAAAUGGAGAUAUCAAAGUGGCGAAAAUGAACCACGACAAAGUGUUUUGUGAGGUUGGAAGUAAUUCGUUUGAGUAUGAAGGCGAAAAAUGUUUGUGUAACAAAGGAAUGAAGGAAUUUGAAAUAAAACAUUUGAUGGUGUACAGAAUGGAGAAAUAA